UACUUAUAAGACAAGUGUGUUGUCUCGGUACUGAAGUAGUAACAUGUGAAAAAAUGUAACUUAAGACGCCACGUAAGAUGAAUUUCAGCUGGUACCCUUCAAGUGUCCAAAGAUGCAGGACAAUAAAAAUUUAAAAUGAUCCGAAUAGUUACAUCACAGUUAUAAGAUGUGUAUGUAUUUUACUAAAUCGGGUGAAAAGUAAACGCAAGAACAUCCAAAACCUUUUUUGCCCCAUUACUCCACAGCAUGGCUUAAGUCGCCAUGGCGGGCAGGCGAGCUCUGAAGGCUGUGCUCAUCGACCUCAGUGGAACUUUACAUAUAGAGGACACCGCGGUGCCGGGAGCACAGGACGCCCUAAACAGGUUGCGGCAAGCUUCUGUCGCUAUAAAGUUUGUGACCAACACAACCAAAGAAUGCAAGAGAAACUUACUGGAGCGACUGAAACGCCUCAAUUUUGACCUGACGGAAAAGGAGCUCUUCACGUCUCUGAGUGCUGCGAGAAGCUUGUUAGAGCAGAAACAACUCAGGCCGAUGCUGCUGGUGGAGGACAGCGCACUGGAAGACUUCACUGGUGUUGUGACAUCAGAGCCAAAUGCUGUCGUGAUUGGACUCGCUCCAAACCACUUCAGCUACCAAACACUCAACAGGGCUUUCAGAAUGAUUCUAGAGGGAGCUCCCAUCAUUGCGAUCCAUAAGGCUCGCUACUACAAACGUAAAGAUGGUUUGGCCCUCGGCCCCGGGCCCUUUGUGGCAGGACUGGAAUAUGCUACAGACUGUAAAGCAACUGUUGUUGGAAAGCCUGAAAAAACAUUUUUUGCACAAGCUCUGUCUGAUUUAGGAUGUAGCCCGAGUGAUGCUGUCAUGAUUGGAGAUGAUGCCAGAGAUGAUGUAUGUGGGGCUCAGAAUGCAGGAAUGUUGGGAAUUCUGGUCAGAACUGGUAAAUACAGAGAAGGAGAUGAAAAUAAAAUUGACCCGCCUCCUCAUCUGACAUGCAACAGCUUCACAGAUGCUGUUGACCACAUCCUGCAAAACCUGCUCUAAGCUACAGUCAACUCAUUUCACUCCUGGUACCUUUCAUUUGCACGAUAGAAAGCUAUGUGAGUUAUCAGUGUUGGAUUCAAAUAACAGUGAAAAAAAUAAUAGGAACAACUGAAUCAUCUUUUCCAUGUGUGAGUUCAGACAAGAAAAAAAAAAAAAAAAAACUUCUGCAGUCAAACCAUGACAAAUGUUUUGGUACAUCAGGAAAAAUUCAAUUAAAUCUAGAGUGGACAAAAAAUUCCAUCACUGUCCUUUUUCCAUUUUCUCUUUAUUUCAAGCCAUUAGUAAAUGUGCAGCCAGCUUAUAAACAGUGGUAUGGGAUCAGAGGAUCAUUUUUAUAUUUGUUCAGGGGGUUUACAUUUCUAUAUAAUUCAAAGAAGCUUUGUACUUUGAUUCUUUUUCCCAAUUGAACUUUUUAAUAUAUUGUUUUUGAACACUAUUAAAACCUGUACAACUCCAACUUACAGUGAAAUGGCACAAAUAUGCAAUGCUUGGGGGAAAAAAAGCAGUGCUUGUAAAAUCAUUUCUCCAUAUGCCCUCUAAGUGUAACUGCAGGGAGUGGGUUUUGGAUUUCUCUUUAUUCUUCCUUUAGCCCCCCGUGUCUGUGGGAGCAUCAAACAGACAUGUACUCUCUCUCCCAGGCUGUGUACUUGUCCAUCAGGUUUCGGGCAGAUGGUUUGGUGUGCCCGAUUACUUCCAUAAAAUCAGCUGUCGUUACAGUUUCCAGCUGGAUGUCAGACAUAUCGCCUGUUUCUGUAAAAAGGAAUCGGGAGAGGGAGCUGAAAUGUUGUAGGAGUCUCCAUCCAUAAGAUUUGGUGUGUGUGUGUGGGUGUGUUUUAUCUUACCAUCCCGAUGCGACUCCAGAACAUCAAAGACCUUGCGAACUGGUCUCAUAGCAGCCUCCUUACACACCAAUCUGAUAUCAGACCCAGAGUAUCCCUCAGUUUCCUGUUAAAACACACACACAGGAAUGCAAUGAUUUAUACACUGGUGUCGUGUCUUAAAAUAUAACAUGAAGAGAAAACAAUUGCAGAAUUUGAAAUAUAAAGUUUAUGUCAGUUUGAGACAUAGUAGAACCUAAAAACUUACCUUUGCCAGCAUUUUAUAGUCCAACACAGUUGUUAGCUCCACCCCUCCGAUGGAGCUGAGAGAAGGAAGCCAAUGAGAGAUCAUAACUUGCCGAGCGAGUGAGGAGGGAAGACUCACUAGAAUCCUCUUCUCUAACCUCCUCAGCAUUGCGUGGUCCAGUUCCCUGAAAGAAAAACAACAUUUGGUACAAAUCAACGAUUGCUACAUGCAAUGGUCACACAAACAUGCUGCCAUUAUGAAAAUGAAU